UGACGUAAGUGAGCUGCAAACUCAUGACAGAGGAGAUGAAGACAGAAAGCCUGUACCCAGCUCCUCAGCUCACCACAGAAAGGUUGAGGGAAACUUUAUGUCAAGCGGUGAAUGUCGGUUUUUUUUUUUUUUUUUUUUGCCAGGUUUGUCUGUAACUCUAAAUAACAUGGGGCCUCAGUUGAGUUUAGAAACACUGGCAGAGCCACACAGGGGAAAACCAGCUGAGUAAACCAAUCACCAUAGCCCUGCUCCUCCAAAUAGAGAGACCAAGAGUAGAAACAAAUGAAAUAUGUGUAUUCUCAACAUUUUUUAAGUCCUGUGUCCAUCAAGCAAGCUCUUUUCCCCCCAGCAAAUCGAAACUUUUCUCUGUUUUAUGUGAGCGCUGUUUGAUAUAUACAAGCUGUAUUGCCAGCUUGAAUGCAACGCGGUUUCCCUGGCAACGGCAUGUCAACAGCGCCCCCGGCUGAGGACUCGUAUUCAUCCUGCCCGAACCUCCUACUUCUGAAAAUGUCAGAAAUGUCUGCUAUGAACAGAAAGUUAAUACAGACUCUCGCUGAAUCAAUCUCUAAACACGUGGAGCACUUCAAUAAAACAGAGGUUGAGUGCCUCAUCCGAGAGUUUAAUGUGCUCAUGGGAGAGCCCGCCACCCCGGGGAGAGCAGUCACCGGCCUGGACAGAGGGAAGUUCAGGAGCAUCCUGCACAACAUCUUUGGGAUGACCGAUGACAUGAUCAUGGACGGAGUCUUCAGGUCAUUUGACAAAGACAACGACAGCUUCGUGAGUAUGAAAGAGUGGAUUGAAGGACUGUCUGUUUUCCUUCGAGGGACCUUGGAUGAAAAAAUAAAAUACUGUUUUCAUGUGUAUGACUUGAAUGGUGACAACUACAUAUCAAGGGAGGAGAUGUUUCACAUGCUGAAGAACAGCCUCAUUAGACAGCCCACAGAGGAGGACCCCGACGAGGGAAUCAAAGACCUGGUGGAGAUCACGCUGAAGAAGAUGGACCAUGACCAUGAUGGCAGGCUGUCUUUUGCUGACUUUGAAAUGGCAGUGAGAGAGGAGAACCUGUUACUUGAAGCUUUUGGAACCUGCCUCCCUGACACCAUGAACCAAGCUUUGGAGUUGUCCUGGAGCCAUGGGUCUCCACUGUUCCUCAGCUGGACUCAGAAUAGAACCUCCUCUAGCUUUGACAGCCAUAAAGUGGAGUUGUGUAGGCAACUAGGAGAAAAGUUGGGCCUAAAAGAUGGAGAGCAGGGCUUCCUGAGACCAUGUCACCAGGUCUCAUCAGUCCAUCAAGUGUUUGUGGAGCCCCUGACAUCUGAUGACUGGGAGAUCCUGGAGAUUCACAGUGCCGCGCUGGAGCAGCAGCUGUUAGAUCAGAUCAGAGUGGUGUUCCAAGAUGCCGUGUUUCCUGUGUGGGUGGACAGCCACACAGCCAUCUACAUCCGAAUAGCAUCACUUUUGCCAUCUGUGCCCUACGGUCGCUUGGAGCAGUUCACAGAACUAGUUGUCUCUCCGAAGGACCGUGUUGGAAUUAGCGACAUAAGAGGCUCUCUGAUGAGAACCAGUGAGAAACAGCAUCCUCACAGACCGACCAACUUGGAUCUUUCCUCCUCCUCCCAAGAGUCAUUUGAAAAUUCUGCUCAUGUACCUCAAAGCCAACAGUGGGGUGGCAUAGCUGACUUGAGGAGCCUCCUACGCUAUGUGAUAAAAGGCACUUAUGACCCAGUUAAAGAGCUACCACCAGUGCCUGGCAUCCCUGCCCUGUUCACUGACUCUGUCUACAGAGUGUGUUGUGUGCCUCCUGACUCUCUUUGCACCAUAAGCCAUGUUGCAACUGGUGUUAUUCAUUUAUUUCCUUGGAGGCAUGGACUAAAUGCUGGACUAAUUGGAGGUCCGUCUCCAGUGACAUAUGGCCUGCUCUCCAAAGUUCCUUCCCCUAAAGAAAGGAGGGACAGAGCCAAGCAGGCCAUGGAGAAAAAGAAGAACUCAGGAGUUACUAAAGUUGCCACUCCUGUGGAUGGAGGUGAAGAGAUGAAAGAAGAGGAGGUCAUGGUGGUCAGGGUGGUGUGUCACAGCAUUGAGAAGGUAGCAGGAAAACAAAGGAGCCCCAGCAAGGGAGAGAUCCAUAGUGGAAGAGUAUGGAUCCCCCAGCCUCUGGCCCUCAGGUUGAAUAUCAGGCCACAUUCCACAGUUAGAAUUAAACCAGUGACAUCGACUAUCAAAGUGGCCUCCGCUAUUCGUCUACAGCCCUUAAGACCACUGCUUGAGGAAGACGAUGAGGAGAUCCAGGCGGCUUUUCUUGGUUGGCUGCACACUCAGAGUCACGAACCUUUAGCCUGUCUGACUGCGCGGUCUGGCACCAUCCUCCUACAUGGAACUGACGCAAAGUUAGAGUUUGCUUUAACUGUGCUGAAGCCAGAACCUGCGAAUGAUCCUGCUGACCAGCUGUUUCUACUGGCACACACUCUUAUCCAGAAGGAAAACAUACAGGUAGACAGAGAGUCAGUAACCAUGCCGGCUGUGAGUGCUGUAGCUGAAAUGCCAAACCCAGAGCUUCCCUCCCUCAGUAUUCUUGGUGGCAUCGAUGAGCUUAGUAGGAGUGGAUUUGAGUUCAUCUCCCACAGCCUUCUGGGUAGCCCCCUCUCACGAGAGCUUUGUACCACUGGGCAGGGGCUUCAAGGAGGAGCUCUACUCAUCACUGGUGCUAAGGGGAGUGGAAAGAGCACUCUGUCCCGAGCCCUCUGCAGGAAAGCUAGAGAAUAUUUGGAUGCACAUGUGGAGGUGGUGGACUGCAGAAAGCUACAAGGCAAAAGGGCAGAAACUGUGAGACAGAUGCUGCAGGAUAUUUUUGAACAAGCGGAAUGGAGGCAGCCUUCAGUUGUCCUUCUCGAUGACCUGGAUCAUGUGACAGGGGCACCAACCUCACCUGAGCAUGAGCAGGGCCCUGAGGCACUGCUUCAACAGCACAUUGCACAGAGUCUGAAGGAUGUGGUGGAUGAGGUGGUGGCUCAUGCCAGCCUGGUGUGCCUGAUCAUCACCAGCCAGAGUGAGCACUCUCUCCACCCCUCGCUGACUGAAGCCCAGAGGUCCCACUUCAUCCAGGGAUUUGUAAACAUCCAGCCACCAGACCAGGCCCAGAGAGUAGACAUCCUGCGCCGUUUGAUCCUCAGAAAAUCCAGUCUGUCUGAGGAGAGCUUGCAAAUUCUCGACCUGGGGGCUGUUGCCAAGGAGACAGAAGGUUAUGCACCUCAAGACUUGGCACUGCUGUUGGAGCGAGCUGUCCAUGCUAAUACUGUACAAAGAGGACACAGUGACCAGGGUGUGUGUCUGUCGUGGAAAGACUUUGCACAGGCUCUUAAGGAGUUCACGCCUCCAUCUCUGUGGGGGGUGGACCUCCACACCCCAAGUGGAGUUGGGCUGGAGAAGGUGGGGGGUCUGAGAGAGGUGCGACAGCAGCUAAUGGACACCAUACUGCUCCCUGCAAAGUAUCCCAUCCUGUUCUCCAAUCUUCCUAUCCGCCAUCGCUCAGGAAUAUUGUUGUAUGGAGCCCCUGGUACAGGGAAGACCCUGCUGGCUAGGGCUGUGGCCAAAGAGAGUGGUAUGAACUUCAUCAACAUCAAGGGACCUGAACUUCUGAGUAAGUACAUUGGAGCCAGUGAGCAGGGAGUCCGUGAUGUCUUCCAGAGGGCACAAGCAGCCAAACCCUGCAUCCUGUUCUUUGAUGAGUUUGACUCUUUGGCCCCCAGGAGGGGCCACGACAGCACAGGUGUAACAGACCGUGUGGUCAACCAGCUCCUCACCCAGCUGGACGGGGUGGAGGGACUGCAGGGUGUAUAUGUGCUUGCAGCCACAAGCCGUCCAGAUCUGAUUGACCCAGCCCUGCUGAGACCUGGACGACUGGACAAGUCCCUUCACUGCCCUCCACCUGACCUGGAGUCUCGUGUGGAGAUCCUCAAGGCUCUGAGUACUGGUGUUCCCCUGGCUGCAGAUGUGGACUUGGAGCAGCUGGCAGCAGCGACAGAGCAGUUCACGGGGGCAGACCUGAAGGCCCUGCUCUACAAUGCACAGCUGGAGGCCGUCCACAACAGUAUGGGCACCAGCACACCGCAUGAGCUGACUUCUGGCUCAGACAGCGACAUGAGCCUGUCCUCCAUGAUCUUCCCAAACAACAGUAGUGGCUCAGAUGAUUCAGUGGGGGAGGGAGACCCAGGCAUGAGUUUGGACCAGUCCAUGGUUCUCCUGGAGCCCGAUGAGCUCCAGGCAGAAGAUGACCAACAUCGCAGCAAUGUCUGGAGACUCUACUUCGGAAGCUCCUAUGAGUCAGAGUUGGGGAAUUCGCCAAUUUUAGGACUGAACUCCCAGUGCAUCUCGGGACCCAGCUCCAUGACCCAGGACUGCACAGGGGCAUCUGUCCGUGACACUGGUGGCUCUCUCCCUCCUGCAUACAUGUCCUCGCUCCAGAGUGGAUAUGAAGAGCUGAGCCCAGAGCAGUUGGAGCGCCUACAGCAAGAUAUUAACAACAUUAAGAACAACUACAGGAGAGGCAAUGAGGACUGUACCCGGGUUCAUUCAGCCUCCAGCCAGCCAGGCCUGUUGCUGUGUCAGGCUCAUGUGAACUCAGCCCUGGCUGUGACCAGACCGUCUCUCAGCAAGUCUGACUGGAACAGAUACACAAAACUGUAUGAAGCCUUUAGCGGUUCAGGAGAUGGAAAAGCUCCUCAUUCUGUCACAUUUAAACCUGGACAACGUGUGACUUUAGCUUGAACAAACAGUCUGACUCACCUAAUUCAUCAUUUUGAUGUUUAUGAAUAGAAGUGGUGAUGGAUUGAUUAUUAAUUUAACAAUCAGUUAAAUUAGUUUAACAGUUUCAGAGCUCGAGAGACAAUGUAAAUUAAUGUAAUUAAUAUAAUUUAAUAUUAGAACAAAUUGUUUUCUACUUGAUUAUGAAUGAGACAUUUAACUACUUAAAAUGUAAUUACUGUACAUAUGUAAAAUGUUAUAAAAUAAAGAAUUGUUGCAAUAAAAACUGCAGAUUUUCUAUGA